AUGUACGGCCACAUUGAAAAGUUGGCUCAAGCCGAGCUGAAGGGCAUCGCAAGUGCCGGAGGCUCUGCAGAUCUCUUUCAUAGCUUACCAGCCAGGAUCCCGGAGACUCUGUCUGAAGAAACUCUUGCCAAGAUGAACGCGCCGCCCAAGUCCUCGGUUCCUAUAGCUCAGCCCGAGAAGCUUCUUGAGUACGACGGUGUUCUCUUCGGUAUCCCCACCCGGUACGGGAACUUUCCCUCUCAAUGGCGCGCCUUCUGGGACAGCACUGGGGGCAUCUGGGCAACUGGCGGUUACUGGGGUAAAUACGCCGGGCUGUUCGUGUCGACUGGCGUGCAAGGCGGCGGCCAGGAGUCGACCUGUCUUUCAGCGAUGAGCACACUGGCCCACCACGGCUUCAUCUAUGUCCCGCUGGGCUACAAGACUACUUUCGCUCACCUGGCCAAUCUCGAGGAGAUCCAUGGUGGUAGCCCCUGGGGUGCCGGGACCUUUGCUGCCGCCGAUGGCUCUCGCCAGCCUACUGAGCUGGAACUUAAAAUUGCCGAGGCCCAGGGCAAGGCAUUUUAUGAACAUGUGGCGAAGGCGAACCCUUAG